AGAUCGCAUCCUCCAGUCCAAACCAAAAGGUCUCGCCAGAAAGCCGAGAGAGGUUUUGAGAUUUUUCCUUGCCGCAUUUCCUCUCCUCCCCCUUUCCCCCUCCCCUUUCCUUCCACCCCACGCCCGCCCCCGCCCCCGCCCCAGCUCGAGCGCGCACGCGCACGCGCAAACCCUAGCCUCCGGUCGCCCCCCCUCUCUCGCCAGCUCGGCGCGCCGGCAGCUCGGGCGUUCAUGCGGGGCGGCCUCUGAGAGCGAGCGAGCGCGCGCGCAGAUCCAGCAGGCGCCCCGGCGAGAUGGCGAGGGCGGAGGCCAACUGGGAGCGCCUGGUGCGGGCGGCGCUCCGCGGGGACCGGAUGGGCGGCGUCUACGGGGUCCCCGCCAGCGGCAUCGCCGGGAACGUCCCCUCCUCGCUCGGCAACAACACCCACAUCGACGAGGUGCUCCGCGCCGCCGACGAGAUCCAGGACGAGGACCCCACCGUCGCCAGGAUUCUGUGUGAGCACGCAUAUGCCCUCGCCCAAAAUCUGGAUCCAAAUAGCGAAGGGAGAGGUGUGCUUCAGUUCAAGACCGGUUUAAUGUCAGUAAUCCGGCAAAAACUAGCUAAGAGGGAAGGUGGUGCUAUAGACCGAAGUCAGGAUAUAGCUAAACUGCAAGAAUUUUAUAAGCUCUACAGAGAAAGACAUAAAGUUGACGAGUUGUGUGACGACGAAAUGAAGCUGAGGGAAUCUGGUGUGUUCAGCGGUAACCUUGGAGAGCUGGAGCGCAAAACACUGAAGCGCAAAAAAGUACUUGCAACUCUCAAGGUCUUAUGGUCAGUAAUAGAGGAUAUAACAAAGGAAAUUUCCCCUGAGGAUGCAGCAAAUUUGAUUUCUGAAGAGAUGAAAAAAGUCAUGCAAAAGGAUGCGGCAAGGACAGAGGAUGUUGUGGCGUAUAAUAUCAUUCCUCUAGAUUCCUUGUCUACAACUAACCUAAUUGUCACUUUUCCAGAGGUGAGGGCAGCAAUAUCAUCUUUGCAGUACCAUAGGGAUCUGCCCAGGCUUCCGAAUACCAUUUCAGUUCCUGAUGCUAGGAAUUCUGAUAUGCUGGACCUUUUGCACUGCGUGUUUGGUUUUCAGAAAGACAAUGUGAGCAAUCAACGGGAGCACAUUGUUCACCUGUUGGCAAAUGAGCAGUCUCGAUUAGGCAAACUAUCAGGGAGUGAACCGAAAAUUGACGAGGGUGCUGUACAUGUUGUGUUUUCCAAGUCCCUGGAUAACUACAUAAAAUGGUGCAACUAUUUACCACUACGCCCUGUCUGGAAUAACAUUGAAUCAUUGACCAAAGAAAAGAAGUUGCUAUAUGUUUGUUUAUACUACUUGAUCUGGGGAGAGGCUGCCAACGUACGAUUUCUUCCAGAAGGCUUAUGCUACAUAUUUCAUCAUCUAGCAAGAGAACUAGAGGUGAUUAUGCAGAAACAGACUGCUGAGCCAGCUGGAAGCUGCAUUUCUAAUGAUGGCGUAUCAUUUCUUGACCAAGUCAUUUAUCCUCUAUAUGAAAUCGUUGCAGCUGAAGCAGGCAACAAUGACAAUGGGCGGGCAGCACAUUCUGCAUGGAGAAACUACGAUGAUUUCAAUGAGUUCUUCUGGUCUGAGAAAUGUUUUCAGCUGGGUUGGCCGUGGAAACUGAGUAACCCAUUCUUCUCAAAGCCUAAUAGGAAAGAGCAGGGCUUGAUAAGUAGGAAUCAUCAUUACGGAAAGACAUCUUUCGUGGAGCACAGAACUUUUCUGCAUCUUUACCAUAGCUUUCACCGCCUCUGGAUGUUCCUACUAUUGAUGUUUCAGGGACUUACUAUCAUUGCUUUUAACAAUGGCAAUUUUGACACAAAUACUGUAUUGGAACUUCUUAGCCUUGGCCCAACUUAUAUCAUAAUGGAAUUUAUUGAGAGUGUAUUGGACAUUCUAAUGAUGUAUGGCGCCUAUUCAACAUCUCGUGGUUCUGCAAUUACUAGAGUGAUCUGGCGAUUCUGUUGGUUUACUGCGUCUUCACUGGUCAUCUGUUACCUAUAUAUCAAGGCACUUCAAGAUGGGGUGCAAUCUGCACCUUUUAAGAUUUAUGUUGUUGUAAUCAGCGCGUAUGCGGGUUUCCAGAUAAUCAUCAGCCUACUCAUGAGUGUUCCCUGCUGCCAUGGUUUUACCAAUGCUUGCUACAGCUGGUCUUUUGUACGCCUUGCCAAGUGGAUGCAUCAGGAACACAAUUAUGUUGGAAGAGGCUUGCAUGAAAGGCCUCUAGAUUAUAUGAAAUAUGUCGCUUUCUGGCUUGUUAUUUUUGCUGCGAAAUUUUCAUUCACCUAUUUCCUCCAGAUCAAACCUCUUGUAAAACCAACAAGACUGAUAAUCAGUUUCAAAGGCUUACAGUAUCAAUGGCAUGACUUUGUCUCAAAGAAUAACCAUAAUGCGAUUACAAUCCUUGCUUUAUGGGCUCCAGUGGCCACAAUUUAUCUUUUGGACAUCCAUGUUUUUUACACUAUCAUGUCUGCUAUUGUUGGAUUCCUCCUUGGUGCACGUGAUCGCCUGGGAGAGAUUAGAUCUGUUGAAGCAGUUCACAGGUUCUUUGAGAAGUUCCCUGAAGUAUUCAUGGAUAAACUUCAUGUUGCUGUUCCAAAAAGGAAACAACUGCUAUCAUCUGGUCAGCAAGCAGAGCUAAACAAGCUUGAUGCAUCUAGAUUCGCUCCUUUCUGGAAUGAAAUUGUGAAGAAUUUGCGGGAAGAGGACUACAUUAGUAACACUGAACUGGAUUUACUCUUGAUGCCCAAGAAUAUAGGCGGUCUUCCAAUUGUGCAGUGGCCACUUUUUUUGCUUGCCAGCAAGGUUUUCUUGGCCAAAGAUAUUGCAGUUGAUUGCAACGACCCACAAGAUGAACUCUGGCUAAGGAUCUCAAAGGACGAAUAUAUGCAAUAUGCUGUCGAGGAGUGCUUUCAUAGCAUCAAGUAUAUCCUGUCAUCUAUUCUAGAUAAAGAAGGCCAUCUCUGGGUGCAAAGGAUUUUUGAUGGUAUUCAAGAAAGCAUUUCAAAGAACAACAUCCAGAGUGAUAUUCAUUUCAGCAAAUUGCCUAAUGUCAUUGCCAAGCUUGUUGCUGUAGCGGGAAUACUGAAAGAAACGGAAUCCGCUGAUAUGAAGAAGGGGGCAGUUAAUGCGAUUCAAGAUCUAUAUGAAGUUGUUCAUCACGAAGUGCUUUUUGUUGAUUUGAGUGGUAACAUUGACGAUUGGAGUCAGAUAAAUAGAGCAAGAGCCGAAGGCCGCCUCUUCAACAAUCUCAAGUGGCCAAAUGAACCUGGAUUGAAGGACAUGAUCAAACGAUUGCAUUCACUUCUGACCAUCAAGGAAUCAGCUGCAAACGUUCCUAAAAACCUGGAAGCCAGCCGGAGACUGCAGUUCUUCACAAACUCCCUGUUCAUGCAAAUGCCUCUUGCAAGGCCUGUUUCAGAAAUGCUUUCCUUUAGCGUAUUUACUCCAUAUUACUCUGAGACUGUGCUUUAUAGCAUCGCUGAACUCCAAAAGAAAAAUGAAGAUGGUAUAUCUACACUGUUUUAUCUUCAGAAGAUUUAUCCAGAUGAAUGGAAGAACUUCCUUACUCGCAUCAACAGGGAUGAAAAUGCAGCAGACACCGAACUUUUUAGCAGUGCGAAUGACAUAUUAGAACUUCGGCUAUGGGCAUCUUACCGCGGGCAAACAUUAGCGCGAACAGUUCGUGGAAUGAUGUACUACAGGAAGGCCCUUAUGUUGCAAAGUUAUUUGGAGAGAAUGCAUUCUGAAGACCUCGAAUCUGCAUUUGAUAUGGCUGGUCUGGCUGACACACAUUUUGAGUACUCCCCUGAAGCUCGCGCACAGGCUGAUUUGAAAUUUACGUAUGUGGUUACCUGCCAAAUAUAUGGAGUGCAGAAAGGAGAAGGGAAACCAGAAGCUGCAGAUAUAGCCCUUCUGAUGCAAAGAAAUGAAGCUCUCAGAAUUGCUUACAUUGAUGUUGUUGAGAGCGUUAAGAAUGGAAAGCCUAGCACUGAGUAUUACUCAAAGCUUGUUAAAGCUGACAUCCAUGGAAAGGACAAGGAAAUUUAUUCUGUUAAAUUGCCCGGCAAUCCAAAGCUUGGGGAGGGUAAACCCGAAAAUCAAAACCAUGCUGUAAUAUUCACUCGCGGAAAUGCCGUACAAACCAUUGAUAUGAAUCAGGACAACUAUUUCGAGGAGGCACUCAAAAUGAGAAAUCUGCUUGAGGAAUUCUCUCAAAAUCAUGGCAAGUUCAGGCCUUCAAUUCUUGGUGUUAGAGAACAUGUCUUCACCGGAAGUGUUUCCUCCCUCGCUUCGUUUAUGUCAAAUCAAGAAACUAGUUUUGUGACAUUAGGACAGCGUGUUCUUUCUAAUCCACUGAAAGUGAGAAUGCAUUAUGGUCACCCAGACGUGUUUGAUAGAAUAUUUCAUAUUACGAGGGGUGGCAUAAGUAAGGCGUCCCGUAUCAUCAAUAUCAGCGAGGAUAUAUUUGCAGGGUUUAACUCUACUCUACGUCAAGGGAACAUAACUCACCAUGAGUAUAUCCAGGUUGGUAAAGGAAGAGAUGUUGGGCUUAAUCAGAUCGCACUAUUUGAAGGAAAAGUUGCGGGAGGAAACGGCGAACAAGUUCUUAGCAGAGAUAUAUACAGACUUGGGCAGCUUUUUGAUUUUUUCAGGAUGUUAUCCUUCUAUGUGACUACUGUUGGGUUUUACUUCUGUACUAUGCUAACUGUACUGACAGUGUACAUAUUUCUCUAUGGUAAAACUUAUCUGGCUUUAUCUGGUGUUGGAGAAUCAAUUCAAAAUAGGGCGGAUAUACAGGGAAAUAAAGCAUUGAGCGUGGCUCUGAACACCCAGUUUCUUUUCCAGAUUGGUGUGUUUACUGCAAUUCCUAUGAUUCUAGGUUUCAUCCUGGAAGAAGGUGUCCUGACGGCUUUUGUUAGCUUCAUUACUAUGCAGUUCCAACUAUGCUCCAUAUUUUUCACGUUCUCUCUUGGAACAAGGACUCACUAUUUUGGUCGCACAAUACUGCAUGGAGGUGCAAAGUAUAGAGCAACUGGUAGGGGUUUUGUGGUACGGCAUAUUAAGUUUGCUGAGAAUUACCGUCUUUAUUCCCGAAGCCAUUUUGUGAAAGGGCUGGAGGUUGCACUUCUGUUGGUUAUCUUUUUAGCUUAUGGUUUUAACAACAGUGGAGCAAUUGGCUAUAUCUUACUUUCCAUAAGUAGCUGGUUUAUGGCUCUUUCUUGGCUUUUUGCUCCAUAUGUAUUCAACCCUUCUGGAUUUGAAUGGCAAAAGGUCGUCGAGGAUUUCAGAGACUGGACAAACUGGCUUUUUUACCGAGGUGGUAUUGGGGUUAAAGGAGAAGAAAGCUGGGAAGCUUGGUGGGAUGAAGAACUGGCACAUAUUCACACCUUCCGCGGGAGGAUACUGGAAACUAUACUUAGUUUAAGAUUUUUUAUUUUCCAGUAUGGAGUUGUUUACCACAUGCAUGCAGGCAAAGAAAGUACAUCAUUAUCGGUAUAUUGGGUUUCAUGGGCAGUGCUUGGAGGGCUUUUUGUCCUCCUAAUGGUAUUUAGUUUAAACCCCAAGGCCAUGGUUCAUUUUCAGUUGCUCCUGCGUCUGGUCAAAAGCAUUGCACUGUUAGUGGUUUUGGCAGGUUUGGUUGUGGCAAUUGCGAUGACACCCCUCACUGUUUUAGAUGUACUUGCUUCCAUCCUAGCAUAUGUGCCUACUGGAUGGGGAAUUCUUUCGAUUGCUGUGGCAUGGAAACCAAUUGUGAAGAGAUUUGGUUUGUGGAAAAUAGUGCGCUCGCUGGCUCGUCUGUAUGAUGCUGGCAUGGGAAUGAUCAUUUUUGUGCCCAUAGCCAUCUGCUCCUGGUUUCCCUUCAUCUCCACCUUCCAGACACGGCUACUGUUCAACCAGGCUUUCAGCAGAGGUUUGGAGAUUUCUCUCAUCCUGGCUGGCAACAAUCAGAAUGCAGGCAUAUGAUGGUGGCAUCAUCCAUUUUUUGAAUCCUCACCCAGAUCAUGCACCUUCGUAGUUAGUUGAUCCCCGGUUCUGAGUUAGCAGCAGAUGUAUAUAUCUCCGUGUUGACUGGCAGUUAUUUGCUAUGGCUGUAUAUGUAUAUCGCCUGCGACAUUUUUUGCACUCAUGAUAGUUAUAGGAGGUGGUGUUAUUGAAGGAGCGGGUGCUGAAUCAUUGUUAAAAUAGCUUGUUUACUUAUGUUAGUUUGUUUAGAUAA